AAAACUUCCUUAUUUAGGUUCUUUAGAAUUUAGUAGUUGUUGCGGUCUGCCAUUGCUAAGUAUUAGAACAGUUGUUUUAUUAUCUUAUUUUGUAAGGAUGAUUACUAGUUUCUAUAAUCAAUCGGAGAUUUUUAUAACUGGUGGUUCUGGUGUUGUUGGAAAGGCUGCAAUUGAAAAGCUUCUUCGAUCAUGUGAUGUUAAAUUUAUUUAUGUUUUGCUAAGAUCAAAAUAUGGAAAAAGUGCACAGUCACGGCUUGAUGAUUUAAAAAGCUCUAGGAUUUUCAGAGUCUUAAAAGAACUUAAACCAAAUGAAUUAGACAAACUUGUUCUAAUUCCCGGCGAUACCACUCAAGAUGGCCUUGGCAUUUCAUUAGAAGACAGAAAUUUAUUGAAAAACGUGUCAGUAUUUUUUCAUUCAGCUGCUACAACGCGAUUUGAUGAACCAUUACGAUCAGCAGUAGCAUUUAACGUUAAAUCAACACUUGAAUCAUUGAAAUUAGCUGAAACAUUUAGAAAUCUUAAAAUAUUCGUUCACAUCUCUACGUUCUAUUGUAAUCCUUUUGUUGAUCAUCUUAAACCAGAAAUUUAUCCAGGCGUUUUCGAUUGGAGGACUUCUUUGAAGCUUUUGGAUUCGACUGAUGAUGAGCUUAAUUCUACAUUGGCACCAAUUACAGAUAAACUUAUUACAGGCUUCCCAAAUACCUAUGUCUUCACUAAACAUCUUUCAGAACAAUUGGUCAAUGAUUAUCGAUCGAAAUUGCCAGUUUGUAUUUUUAGACCUUCUAUUGUUGUUGCAGCACUUGAAGAGCCCGAACCUGGAUUUACCGAAACAAUGACGGGUGUCAUGGGUUUAUUCGUAGUUUGGGGAACUGGUUUGAUCAAAGUGCUAAUGUGUCGAAAAAAGAUUGUUAUGGAUUUCAGCGCUUUGGAUAUUUCCAAUAAACUUUUGCUAAUGUUUACAGUUAAGGCAUCCCAGUUGAAAAGAGAAGAAUUCGAAGAACAAAUUCCAAUUUGUUUGUCUUCAUCGAAGGGUUUACUUGAUCAUACAAUGGGUGACAUUGGUAGAAUGAUAUCAAAAUUAUUUAGGGAGAAUGCUUGUGAAAAGUCGUUUUGGAUACCAAACUUGACAAUGACCGAAUGUACAUUUAUCUUUUGGAUUUAUACUUUUGUGCUUCAAUUACUGCCUGCAUUUAUUCUCGAUAUUUUAAUGAGGCUAUUUCGUCAGAAACCUAUUUUUAUGAAAUUCCAAAGGAAAAUCUAUGUUAACGCUCAGGCUUUGAAGUAUUUUCUUUGUACUGGAUUUUCCAGUGAUGGCACAACAGAUUUUUAUAAAUAUUUGGAAACUGGUAAAGGAACUGAGUUUGAUAUAAGUGCAGUUGAAAAAUGUUGUGAAAAUGAUGAAGCUAUGGAAGAAGUACUUCGUAGGAAUGUCAAAGGAACUCGAAAGUUUUUACUUAAUGAAGAUGAUUCAUCUUUGCCUAGAUGUCGGAAAAUCUUGGAAGCAAUUGCUGAUAUUAAGUUUAAAUUUUUCUGGCUGAUUUCAGUAGUUUUUGGAUUUAUUAGGUGUGAAGAAGUUAAUUUCGAAAAUAAGUUCGACAUAAUGACUACCGAAUUUUAUAAGGACUUGGAAAUAUUUAUCACUGGUGGGACUGGUGUUAUUGGAAAAGCAGCAAUAGAAAAACUUUUUCGUUCAUGUAAUGUUAAAAGGAUCUAUGUUUUGGUUCGACCAAAGAAAAAUGUUUCACCUGAAGAUCGUUUAAGUGAAAUUAAAAAGUCAAAAAUUUUUAGAGUUCUUAAAGAAAAUAAACCAAAUGAAUUGGAUAAAUUAGCUGCCAUACCUGGUGACAUAACACUGGAUAAUCUUGGAAUUUCAGAAGAGCAUAGAUCAAUGUUAAAAAAUGUAUCAAUUUUUAUUCAUUCAGCUGCUUCAACACAUUUUAAUUUACCCCUUCGUACAGCAAUUAAUUAUAAUUUAAAAUCAACAUAUGAAGCAUUGAGAUUAGCUGAAACAUUUUUAAAUUUAAAAUUAUUUCUUCAUGUUUCGACAUUUUUUUGUAAUCCUUCAGUAGCACAUUUAGAAGAUAAGGUUUAUCCUCCAGUUUUUGAUUGGAGAACGGCUUUGAAGCUAUUAGAAUCUGAGUAUGAUGGUGUGGAUGAUGUUUUCGAUGCAAUUCAAAAUAAAGUUAUGACAGAGUUUCCCAAUACAUACAUUUUCACGAAAAAUCUUGCGGAAAAACUUGUCAAUGAUCACCGACAUAAACUACCUGUAGCAAUAUUCCGUCCUUCCAUUGUCAUGGCAGCCCUACGAGAGCCAGAACCAGGAUUUACUGAGACAAUGAUUGGAGUGAUGGGAUUAUUGUCAAUUUGGGGCACAGGCUUAAUCCAGGUCAUCCUCUGUAAACCUAAAAUUAUUUUAGAUGUUAUUCCUUUGGACGCAUGCACAAAUUUUAUGCUUAUAUUUGUGGAAAGAACAUCUAAACAAAAACGGGAUUUAUUUUUAGAAAAAACGCCUGUUGGAACAGUUUCAUCUUGGGGUGUAAAUCGACAUACUUUUGGCAAAAUGGGUAAAUACAUGUCAAAAUUAACACUGAAGAAUCCUUUAGAAAAAUCCGUUUGGAUACCUGAUGUUAGAUUGACAUCAUGUCCGUUUAUCUUUUGGGUUUAUACUUAUUUAUUACAAUUGUUGCCAGCUGUGAUUAUGGAUGCUUUACUCAAGUUAUUUGGUCAAAAACCCUUUAUGAUGAAAAUUCAAAGACAACUUUAUUACACAACAAAAACAGUAGGCUUUUUCCUCAACCAUCAAUUUGCCAGUGAUGGUGUUACAGAUUUUCAUGAAAUAAUUAAAAUAUCUAAGGGAACCGAAUUCGAUGUGUCCUUCUUUGAGCAUUGUUGUGAAGGAGAAGACGGUUUGAAUUAUGUACUUGAAGAGAAUUUAAAAGCAUGUCGAAAGUUCUUACUAAACGAAGACGAUUCCACUAUACCAAGAUGUCGAAAAAUUUUAAAAGUAAAACAAAUUAUUUAUACCAUUAUAAGACUUUAUGCACUUUACGUAAUUGGAAGUUUUGUGUUUCGGAGAAUAUUUAAUACAAUAGAAGUAUGAGUGUUUGCUUGUGUAGAUUAUUUGAAAAUAAAAUUAAACAACAAAUAAAUCAUAA